AUGUUCCAUCAUAAAUAUAAGCAAAGCUAUUUUACACGAUUGACAAGAACGUAUCCGGUACUAAAAGCCUUUGACAUUUACGAUCGUCAGUCAUUCGUACGCGAGUAUGUUCUGGACAACACUUACCUUUGUAUCUUCGCGUACGUCCUGUUUUAUGUCGCAAUUUGGUACGCUACUAAGGCCAUUAAACGUAUCGAGAAGAAGAAUAAAAAACUUAUGGAAACGGUUGUUAGCAACAGAACGAAACUUGACGACGUCAUGGCACUGAAGGACAAGCGGGCGGAGUAUGAAAAUAUCGUCGUAAAAGCGAAAGGCGCCCAGAAAGUGACAGCCAAACAUCUCGACAACGAAAUGAAAAGACUGAGCACAGAACUCAUCGCGACCGGCAACAAAAUGGCGGAAUUGGAGAAGAUUUUGGAGAAAUGUAAAUUCGGGGAAAAGUAUCGAAACCGCGGAGAAGGAAAUCAUGGAACGAGGGAACGAAGUGGCAACGAACAGGCAGAGGCUGUCACGGACUCGCUCGAGGACUUCAAGAUCCUCGAACCGUCGUUUCCACCAACGGUACCACCGGAACCACCGCCACGGAAGUACGGUAUCUUUGUCACGAGGCCACCAGGCCAACGUCUGCCACCGACCCCCCGAUCUCCAGCGUCGAAAAUCGGAUUCAAGUAA